GAGGAGCAGGCGCGCGCGCGCCAGCGAUGGAGGGUGGGUAGAGGGGGACGGAGUCGCGCGCGCGCCCAGUCAGCAGCAACAGCCCUCAGCAGCCGAGCGGGCAGGCGGGAGCCAGGCGAGCUGGUGCUGCGGUGGAAACUGCAGCUAGGACCCGUGGGGCGGGGGUGCCGCGCCCCUCCCCCACACCCCGGACAGCGCCGGAGUCCCCGCCGCCCCCUCCCGGGGGCAGUAUGAGGGCGGCGGCGCGGCUGUGAUCCCCGCCGCAGCGGGGCAGCCCCGCCCCCGGCUCCUUCGCAGCGGCCGCCCCAGUCUCCGUUAGAGCGGUACCCCGGGAGCUAUGAGCCAUGAAGCCUCCUGGCAGCAGCGCCCGGCGGCAGCCCCUCUCCGGCCGCAGCCUCCCCGAAGCCGCCUCCUGCCUGAGGCUCCGGCCGCCGAGCCGCCUGCACCUGCUGCUGGGGCUGCUGCUCCUCUCCGGCCCCGCCUGGCCCCGGCCCUGGGGGGCUGCUGCGGCCACCGCUCUGCAUUGGAAUGAAACGGCAGGAGGAAUAGCAGGAGCACUGGCAGAUAAAGAGAAUACAUUUCUACAGAGUAACAGCAGUAGCAGUAAGAAUAACAACCAGAGCAAUGAAAUCCAGAAAGAAAUCACACUGCCUUCAAGACUGGUCUAUUAUAUCAACAGAGACUCUGAAAGCCCUUAUCAUAUCCUGGACACUAGGGCAAGACACCAGCAGAAACACAACAAGGCUGUGCAUCUGGCCCAGGCAAGUUUCCAGAUUGAGGCCUUUGGCUCCAAAUUCAUCCUUGACCUCACAUUGAAUAAUGAUUUGUUAUCCUCCGAUUAUGUGGAGAUUCACUAUGAAGACGGAAAACCACAAUUUUCGAAGGGUGGAGAGCACUGUUACUAUCAUGGAAACAUCAGAGGUGUCCAGAACUCCAAAGCUGCCCUUUCAACAUGUAAUGGACUUAAUGGCAUGUUUGAAGAUAGCACAUAUGAGUACUUCAUAGAACCAAUGGAUCUGACCCACAGUGCAAAAAGCACAGGCAGGCCACACAUCAUCCAGAGGACUUUGGGAACACAAACCUUGAGGCAAAUGAAGAAUGCUGAGACCGAAUCUAGUUCUGAGUGGUCCUUCCUGUCUGAGUUACAGUGGCUCAGGAAAAGGAGAAGAAAGAGGGCCGUGAGUGCAUCUCGUGGUAUAUUUGAAGAGAUGAAAUAUCUGGAGCUCAUGAUUGUCAAUGACCAUAAAAUGUUCAAAAAACAUCGUUCUUCCCAUGCGUACACAAACAACUUUGCAAAAUCUGUGGUAAACCUUGUAGAUGCUAUAUACAAGGAACAGCUGAACACCAGGGUGGUUUUGGUUGCUGUGGAAACCUGGACAGACAGGGAUCGGAUUAACAUUCGCCCUGACCCUCUGCAGAUGCUUCAUGACUUCUCCAAAUAUCGACAGUACUAUAUCAAACAGCAUACUGAUGCUGUACACCUCCUCUCGAAUGUGACAUUCCACUACAAGAGAAGUAGCUUGAGUUACUUUGGAGGGGUUUGUUCCGUGACCAGAGGAGUUGGAGUGAAUGAGUAUGCCCUCCCAUUGGCUAUGGCACAGGAAUUAUCACAAAGUUUGGCUCAGAACCUGGGAAUACAGUGGGAGCCAGCAACCAGAAAACCGAAAUGUGACUGCAUAGAAUCCUGGGGUGGCUGCAUCAUGGAGGAAACAGGGGUUUACCACUCCAGAAAAUUUUCAAGAUGCAGCAUUGCAGAAUACAAAGAAUUUUUACUCAGAGGGGGAGGUGCCUGUCUUUUCAACAGGCCAACAAAGUUGUUUGAAACUCCCGAAUGUGGAAAUGGAUAUGUAGAAGCAGGAGAAGAAUGUGAUUGUGGUUUCCGAAUGGAAUGCUAUGAAAACUGCUGUAAAAAGUGCUCUCUCUCUAAUGGAGCUCACUGUAGUGAUGGACCCUGCUGUAACACAUCCUGUCUUUUUUUCCCACGAGGCUAUGACUGUCGAUAUGCAGUGAAUGAGUGUGAUAUUACAGAGUACUGUACUGGCGACUCUGGUCAGUGCCCAUCAAAUCUUCAUAAACAAGAUGGAUAUGCUUGUGAUUCUAAUCAGGGACGUUGCUAUAAUGGAGAAUGCAAGACAAGAGACAAUCAGUGCAAAUACAUUUGGGGAAUUAAGGCUACGGGGUCUGACAAAUUCUGUUAUGAGAAGCUUAAUACAGAAGGCACAAAAAAAGGAAACUGUGGAAAGGAUGGAGACCAAUGGAUUCAGUGCAGUAAACAUGAUGUGUUCUGUGGCUUUUUGCUCUGCACUAAUCUUAGUCGAGUUCCACGAAUUGGUCAUCUUCAGGGAGAAAUUUCCCCAACCUCUUUUUACCACCAGGGGCGUGUAGUGGACUGCAGUGGUGCUCAUGUGCUUUUAGAUGACGAUACAGAUUUGGGAUAUGUGGAAGAUGGAGCUCCAUGUGGCCCUCACAUGAUGUGUCUAGACAGGAAGUGCCUACCAAUUCAGUCCUUGAACAUAAGUAGCUGCCCUAUUGGUUCUAAUGGAAAAGUCUGUUCAAAUCAUGGGGUGUGUAGUAAUGAAGCCACUUGCAUUUGUAAUUUCUCCUGGGCAGGGACAGACUGCAGUAUUGAUGACCCUAUCAGGGAUACUCCCAGCAAGAAGGAUGAAGGACCUAAGGUGAGCAUGGCCACUAACAGGCUAAUAGGUGCAGUGGCAGGGACCAUUCUGGCUCUGGGGGUGAUUUUUGGAGGCACAGGGUGGGGAAUAGAGUAAGCAUUUUUCUUAGUUUAAGAGUUUUAUGUUUGGUGCCUAGUGUGUGAGGUACGCACCUGAGCCCUCUGUGUACUAUCCCAUUAGCUUUGUGUCAUGUGGUGACCGUAUUCGUCAUGUGAUUUGAAUGUGUCCGUGUCAUGUGAUUUGCUCAUGCAGUGUUGAACCCUCUCCUGUCUGGGACAAUGUGGGGCAUAAAACAAUAAGUUUGUGAAUUUUUACAUCAUCGCAAUUAAUACAAUUGUCUAAAUGUUUCAUUGCUCCAAAUUAUAAAAAGAAUGAAAAAAUAGUAAUUUGAAGAUCGUGAUUAUCUAUUUUUGCAAAAUGUAAUCUAACAGAACAAGAUGGAUCAUUUGAUAUAAUUCACUUUUUUUUUUAAUUUCAAUUAAUGGGGCAUUCAUUCUAACAGUGGGUCAUAAAAUUCAGUUAAGAAAAAGAAAAAAACUGAGUUGAAAUUAUAGUAUAUAUAGACAGCUUUCCAACAAAGUUUCUGAAUGUUCUGUUGGUAAGAUUUUCAGUUACCUCAGGGCAGUACAUUAUAUAAAGUUUGAGCAACAAAUAUUGUAUUGUCUUUUAUAAUUUAGGGAAGUUGAAAUCUGAGGGAUUAGCACACUAGUUGCCUCUAAAUUUUAACAAUGGGGUAUUUACACAAUGUAUAUGGUUAUGAUAAUCUUGGAGUAAAUUCCUUUAAUUCUGCAUUCAUGGAAUACACUGCAAACUGUGGAAUAAACUGCCAUUAUUUUGAUCUUUUGACCUUUUUCAUCAGCAUUCUGCCCACUAAUUUAACUCCACACAGACUUCAUCUAAGAUUUCAAUCCUAUCAAAGUGUUUCCCCUACAGGAAUAGUGUGUGUUAUGUAAUUACAGACUGUAUCAGAAUGCAUACACACAAUAAGGGUGAAUUAAGUUUGCCUGGCAACCUAAAUUCUGGCAUUUCUUAACUUCUCAGUGCUUGACUCUGCAACCUUAACAUUCUUUUAACAUAGUUUUUUGUUUAACAUAAUUUUAUAAAACAAACUAUAUUAUGUGGAAUCAUAAUGAUCACCAGUUAGUAUCCUCAGCAAGGUAUGGUUUAUUAGAUCCACAAUACUGACCUCUGUCACUUGAGCUAACAGCAGUAGAAGGUUGUUAUCCCCGAUCUGGACCACCCACUAGAGUGGGAUGAGACACACAUUUUGCCAGUGGGUCUCACUGCUAUUUAAUGACAGUAAAAGACUGUAGAGAUGCAGGAAUCCAGGGUUCAGUUCCAGAUUCUGAAUGAGCAUGAGAUUUUAUAAUUACAAACCAUUCUACCCUUGCAUCCCAUCAUCCAGGGAACUAUAGACAUGUCAGCCUCACCUCAGUCCCUGGAAAAAUCAUGGAGCAGGUUCUCUCAGACAUCUUUGCUCCUAUCAACCCCUACAUCCCAGCUCCUGCCCCACUUCCACUCUGCUUCUAAUCAACACCUCUGUUCCUACUUCCCAUCUCUCUGCUCAAGCCCCAGCUCCAGUCCACGGCCACUCACCCAGGCUCCUGCUCCUCCUUCUCUGCUCCUGUCCCCCCACCUCAGCCUAUGCCCCUAUCAGCUCUCUUUCCAGUCUCUCUCCUCCUAUCCGUCCCUCCUUUCUUGGCUCCCCACAACCCCAUUCCUUCCCACUGCCUGGUUCAUGCAGCACCCUUUGCUUUUGCAUCAGACAUCUUAGCUUCCUCCUCCUCCUUGUGUAGGCACCAGGAACAGGGGCAUUGAAAGCACAAGAGAGUUGGUUUUCCUGCUCUGAGUUCCUGUGCCUAGUGCCACAGUGGCCUCUGGCUGCUCACAGCAACAAUUGCAGGGAAAGUCCUGCUGAGCCCCUGAAGACCAGGGCUUGAACAUGCAGAAUUUAGCUGCCAAACUUUCAACAGUUCUCUUCAGAGCAUGUGCAAACUGAUAUUUUUCAGAGGCACAUCUCUGACACCAGGGCAAUUCCGCUGCCAAAUAUGAAGCCGCCCUCCAAGUAUGGUGGUGCUAGAGCUUUUCAAUUAAAUGAUUGUGGGAAUUUUUUUAACUUGAACACAACAUAGUAUUUUCCCGUAAUCUCAUUCUCAGAAAGAACAGAAUUGUUUUAUCUGAAACUUUCCAAAAAAAUUCAGCUUGAGAGAGGUGUCUGACACUGAAAAUUUUAGCAUGAACAUUUACGUUUGGCAAAAUUAUAAGCAACUGAAAACAGGAUCUUAUAAUGAAAAGUUUCAGGCAACCUUAACUAAAGGCAGCUCUACCAACUCUGCCUAUAAUAGAAUCAUGGAAGAUAUGGGUUGGAAGAGACCUGAGGAGGUCAUCUAGUCCAACCCCCUGCUCAAAGCAGGACCAACCCCCAACUAAAUCAUCCCAGCCAGGGCUUUGUCAAGCCAGGCCUUAAAAACCUCUAAGGAUGGAGAUUCCACCACCUCCCUAGGUAACGCAUUCCAGUGCUUCACUACCCUCCUGGUGAAAUAGUUUUUCCUAAUAUCCAAUCUAGAUCUCCCCCACUGCUCCUUGUUCUAUCAUCUGCCACCACUGAGAACAGCCGAGCUCUAUCGUCUUUGGAACCCCCCUUCAGGUAGUGGAAGGCUGCUAUCAAAUCCCCCCUCACUCUUCUCUUCUGCAGACUAAACAAUCCCAGUUCCCUCAGCCUCUCCUCUUAAGUCAUGUGCCCCAGUCCCCUAAUCAUUUUCGCUGCCCUCCACUGGACUCUCUCCAAUUUGUCCACAUCCUUUCUGUAGUGGAGGGCCAAAAACUGGAUGCAAUACUCCAGAUGUGGCCGCACCAGUGCCAAAUAGAGGGGAAUAAUCACUUCCCACGAUCUGCUGGCAAGUCUCCUACUAAUGCAGCCCAAUAUGCAGUUAGCUUUCUUGGCAACAAGGGCACACUGUUGACUCAUAUCCAGCUUCUCAUCCACUGUAAUCCCCAGGUCAUUUUCUGCAAAACUGCUGCUUAGCCCGUCAGUCCCCAGCCUGUAGCAGUGCAUGGGAUUCUUCCAUCCUAAGUGCAGGACUCUGCACUUGUCCUUGUUGAACCUCAUCAGAUUUCUUUUAGCCCAGUCCUCCAAUUUGUCCAGGUCACUCUGGACCCUAUCCCCACCCUCCAGGUAUCUACCUCUCCCCCUAGCUUAGUGUCAUCUGUGAACUUGCUGAAGGUGCAAUGCAUCCCAUCAUCCAAAUAAUUAAUGAAGAUGUUGAACAAAACUGGCCCCUGAACAGACCCUGGGACACUCCGCUUGAUACUGGCUGCCAACUAGACAUCGAGCCGUUGAUCACUACCUGAUGAUCUAGCCAGCUUUCUAUCCACCUUGUAGUACAUUCAUCCAAUCCAUACUUUUUUAACUUGCUGGCAAGAAUACUGUGGGAGACCGUAUUAAAAGCUGUGCUUAAGUCAAGAUAUUAUCACGUCCACGGCCUUCCCCAUAUCAACAGAGCCAGUUAUCUCAUCAUAGAAGGCAAUCAGGUUGGUCGGGCAUGACUUGCUCUUGGUGAAUCCAUUUUGACUGUUCCUGAUCACCUUCCUCUCCUCCAAGGCUUCAAAAUGGAUUCCUUGAGAACCUGCUCCAUGAUUUUUCCAGGGACUGAGGUGAGGCUGAUCCAUUUGUAGUUCCCCGGAUCCUCCUCCUUCCCUUUUUUAAAGAUGGGCACUAUAUAUAUAUAUAUAUAUAUAUAUAUAUAUAUAUAUACACAUGCUUUUUCCAAUUGUCUGGGACUGCCCCUGCUCACCGUGAGUUUUCAAAGAUAACGGCCAAUGGCUCUGCAAUCACAUCAGCCAACUCCCUCAGCACCCUCGGAUGCAUUAGAUCCAGCCCCAUGGACUUUUGCUUGUCCAUCUUUUAAAUAGUCCUUAACCUGUUCUUUCACCACUGAGGGUUGACCAGUGCAGCAGUCAGGGAGCUGACCUUAUCUGUGAAGACUGAGGCAAAAAAAGCAUCAAGUAGUUCAGCUUUUUCCACAUCCUCUGUCACUAGGUUGCCUCCCCCAUUCAGUAAGGAUCCCACACUUUCCCUGAUCACCUUCUUGUUGCUAGAUUGGACCAAUCUAGAACUGUAAUUAUUAAUAUUUUCAGUAAUAGAUAUACAGGGACAUUAAUUUUAGUUGCUCUCUUCAAUAGGAUCAUCCUGGUGAUGGGGAUAUACAGCUUGAUCCAAAGCUGUUUGAAGUCAGUGGGAUUCUUUCCACUCAUAAAAAGUACCUGUAGACAGCAUGGUGGCAAAUACAUGGAGUUGGCAGAUCAACAGUAAUAAUAGAUCUGACAGAAUUCAUCCACCACAAUUUUUAUUUCUCUCCACCAGGCAGAAUAGAAAAUGCCUCCGAAAUACUAUAGUUAAUAAAAUCUCUUAUUUUAAAUUUGCAUUUUAUUCCAUGUUAAUCCAGUGACUAUAGAAAUUAUAUGGCUGAAAUCUAUUGGCUGUUGUUUCCUCUAUAAAUGGUACUUUUUAUCAUUCAUUAAAGUAAUGAACCAACGUCUAGUGGUCUUUAGAUUAGCAGCUAAAUCAUGGCAUAUUGAUAAAAAUAUAAAUUUUCUAUGUAUUUAUUUGUUUGAUAAAAUGUAAUGUGUAUUUUUAAAAAAAAAGACAAGGUAAACAUUAAAAUAUAAAAAUGUGCAAUUUUCAUGGUAUUUAAAAUUAUCUUACAAAAUAUGUUCAAUCUAUUGUAACAUAUUCUUUAAAAAUUGUUUUCCAAUAUAUGUCUCUGAUCUUUUUAUAAAUUUCCAAACCGGUACUAGUUACCUGGAGAAUUCUCUGGUAAACAAAUUAAUCUUUACCUUUUGUUGUUGUUGUUCUGUGUUUGUACAGCGCCUAGCAUACUGGUGGCCUGGUCUGUGACUGGGGCUCCUAGGCACUAUGGAAUAAUAAUUAUUAUUAUUAUUAUAAUUCUUUAAGCAGAAGGAAUCACACACUAUGUCUCUCCAUUGAAGACUCAAGUGAAAUCCUGGACCACUGAAGUCAAUGGCAAAAUUCCCAUUGAGUUCCAUGGGGCAGGAUUUCACCCUGAGUGUAAUCCAUAGGCAUUUUCAGUUUCUAUGUCUGAUAGAUUUAGCAAAAAGAGGAAUUAAUCUGUAUGAAUAAGAGUUGUCACUCCAAAUCUAUUGACUAGCUGUAUUUACUUUGAUUCCACAGGAAAAAGAGUAGUUUUAGCCAGAAUCUUUUUAACAAGGGCCUCAACUAUCUACUGCUAUGUUAUUUUACCAUUUUUAAGGCUGUUGGCACAAGUGCUUGGUUUUAAAUUAUUUUCUGUGCUAAAAGAAAAGAUGCCCUUCCCUAGUUAUGACAAUUACAAUUGGGUCAGUCCCCAAACAGGUGAUUUGUAUCAGGACUUUCUGGUAUUCACCACAGUUAUAGUAAUUUUAAAGGGUUUUCCAUAUUUUCUAAAUCUAAUUUUAAUUUAAUUGUCUAAUUUUAUUUAAAUGCAUCCGCUUGGUGAUGAAUUUAUUCACAGUAACAGUAAUUCCAUUGCUUUCUUUCCUUAAGUCCAAGCCUACCGUUGAAUCGUUAACAUGCACUAAAUUUUUCUAAGUAUAUGUGAAACAUUUUAUCAAACAUAUAAUAAACACAUGGAAAAUUGUUUUUUCUGUACACGUAGACAUAUUUCAGAUAUCCUGAAAUGGCCAUAUCUGGACUUCAGUUUCCAAAUUACAAAUAUGUCACUAUCAGAUAAAUGUACUACUGCAGUGUUUCUGUGGAAAAAUGACUUCCUGAGGCCAGGCUGAAAAAUAAUUUCUGUGGAUUUCCCAAAGCUUCUGAAAUGCUGUGUAAAUCAGUUACUUGCUGCAUUUGCAAAACCUCUAAAAACAUUAUGCUUGCAUUAAAUCCAAAUCCAUCUACCAAAAAAAAAGAAAAAAAGAUAGAAGUUUUGCUUUAGGUCAGGCAAAGAUGAAAAAUCAUAAAGUUCUCUAGUACUUGAGGAAAAAUCUCUUAAUUGGAAAUAGAAUGCCCAUGUACCAGCAUUUGUUUAUCCUCCAACAUGCUCAAUGUUAUUGAUUUGUAGCUAAGUCUGACUAUGAAAGGUAAGUUCAGUAAGAUGCAUUUUCCAUUAGUAGAAAAUGUACAUUUGAUUAUUAUUGUUACGUUUGUGCACUGCUCAUAUCUGUUAAGUUAGAUUCUUAUUAAUAUCCCUGAAUACUUGGUGGUGUCUAGACAGGAAGUAUUUUUAAAAAGGGAUAUAUUAAUUAAUUUUAGACUGCUUUCAUAUAAUUUUUGGGGCCAUAGUCUGCCCCCCUCAUCUGUGGUGAGUACCCAUAAGUAGUUCCAUUUGAAGUAAAUGAGACUAUGAUAAGACUAAGGCACUACUCGACAUAAGUAGCUGCAGAAUCUGAGCCACCGUUUUUAAAGAUGACAAGAAAAUAAUUUUAUAAGCUCGGUAUGUUAAUUCAGAAAGCUAAAUCAUGAAUGAUCUGCAGCAUGGUAUGUAUCCUGUUUAAUCCCAAAAUCGUGCAUUGGCACGAGCUAGUAAAACAUAUGAUGUAUACAGAAUGAUUCUUUCUUUGCACUGUUUGUUGCGAAUAAAAGCUGGUGAGCUUGCUUUUUAUUCAGUCUGAACUGAUAUCUAAAAUAAAACCCAAGGAAACAACUUAUGUAAUGUAUUGUUCAAAAACGGGUCACUGUGAUGAAUUUUAAAAUGUAGGAUACUCUCUCACUGUUGUGUCGGGGACUGGGCAGUAUUAUAAGGUAUCUGUGACACUGAACUAGCCCCUGAGCUCCUUCAGCUAUUCCAGCUACCCCUCUCUGUUUUUCUUCUCCCAUCUUUUCUUGAUGCUCCUCUUUUCCUCCUUGUAUCUCCCUGACAGUAUUCCAAACACCUUGUAAUACCAAAACCAGAGCUGUGCUACUUAGAAUAGCAAAAUGGCCAUUGCAGUGGGGGAGCUCUCACUUUGGAUUAUUUUUUUCAUUAGUAGUAUUUUUGAAAGGCUAAUAAUGGGCAUUUAAAUAUUUAUGUUCAAUUAUAAGGUGUGUGAUAUGCAAAAGAAUUGUUGUAUUAGAUUUUACUUUGCCUUGGACUUAGAGACAGUAGAUUUACAUCAGAGAGGGCCUGAUAGCGGAGAAUAUUGUGGUCUGGAAUUAAUUUGAGCAAACAUAGAUCUAUUUUGUAUUUUCUUUUCUUCCCCCUCUCCCCCAGGCAAAUAAAGCACUUUAUGUAAGAAAUUCAUAAUUGAUCCUCAAGUGCUUUCUUGCCUUUUUAGAGAAAAUUACACCAAAUGGAUUUUAUGCCACCUUUUUUCCUUCCCUUUUUCCCUGCCCCACUUCAUUGUUCAGUGGCUGCUUGAGGAUGACGAAGAGAUGCAUUGAUGUUUGGAAUGCUUCAGUGGGAAUGCAGCUUUUAUUUCAAUUACAGAAUCUUUAUUAUUUUUUAUUUGAAUCAUACCCUUUUACUCCACCACCCUUUCUGCCGAACUCUCCGUAGUUAGUAAACUUAAGGUUGACAUAACCAUAGGGACUAUGAGGUGCUGUGUGCCUCCUGAAAAGUGCUAUCAGAUCAAAUUGAAAUAAGUGGGAUUUGCGGGUACUCAGCACCUUACAAGAUCAGACCUAUAUGAAAAGCAGAAUGGAUGGGCUUUUUGGUUUUUCAUUUGCCCUCGGAGUGAAAUAAGUAGGCAUUAAGUACAACAUUCAUGUUUUAUUACCCCUUGAAUGCUAUUUUUAAAAAAAUUUAAGACUUUAUUUAAUUUUAAAAAUAUCUGAAUUUUCUGAACUGAUGGUUCAUAUACUAUGUGUUUAUUGGAAUAGUUAAGCCAGAGAAUGAAGUGAAUGACCGUGUUGUUAAUUUCUGAGAUAGGUAAAAAUCUAGUAUUAGAAAGGAGGCAUAGCACAGUGAGAGACAUUACGAUAGCUUUGUUUAUUCAUGCUAUUAAUGAAAAGCAAGUGGAGCCCUUUGAAAAUGUUUAGAGACAUCAUGUAGGUUGUUUGUUUUCCUAAAUUGCUUGAUUACGUUUCCCUUGUCAUGAAUGAAGUGGUUGGUUCUUAUGUCUUUCUUCCCGUAAUCCUUUA